UUGCGUCACCUUUCAUCAGAAAUUUGUGGUAAAAAAAAAAUAAAAAAAAUAAAAUUUGUAGUUUGAUGAGGCACAAGUCAAUACAUCUGAAGUCGGGACGGCGGGAAUUGGGUGUCGGUUUAACGUGGCAUCGAUGGAGCACACCGCGACGUCGGGAUCUGUGGUCGCGAUCGAGUCAUCCUCCUUUGAUGAUGGGGAUGGCAGAUUCCAUAGCCAUAGCUUGAUCAUCUUGGACUACGCCGAUCUGCGAGCUGCGGUCACCUCCUCCUCCUCCUCCUCCUCCUCCUCCUCCUCCUUCUCCUCCUCCUCCUCCUCCAUCUCCUUCUCCCCCUCACUCUCAUCAUCAUUCUCAUCAACCUUUUCUUCAUCUUCUUCUUCUUCUUCACUCUCGUCGUUGGCAGCAGAUCGCGGAGGAGCUGACACGUCAUCAAUCGUAAUGGUAAGAUCUCCUUCUCCUGCUGGACACGUCAUCAACCGCAGCGAUGAUGGAGCCUCUGCGCCGUGCGACGUGGAGGCACGACAGCUUCAGGAGCGGCAGCUUGAGGAAGAAGACGGAGCUACCGGCCGCCAUCGCCAUCAAGGAAUGCCACGUGUCAAUCGACCAGCAGAAGAAGCAGAAGAAGAAGAAGAAGAAGAAGAAGAAGAAGAAGAAGAAGAAGAAAUGGCUAUGGCGAAGAAACGGGCGAUGGAAGCUGUGAGGCGUGCUUUCGGUCCAAGGGGUCUCGGGAUCAUCGGUAUCAGAGGUCUGAUGGACAUGGCAGAACUCUCGAGGAAACUUCUUCCCAUCGCUAAGAAGCUUGCGAUGAUGCCCGCGGACAGAAGAAAGGCCGUUCUCCGGACUCAUGGCUUGGGCUCCGAUGUCCCGAUGACAGAUCCCGACAGACCUGUGUCUUCCUUCUCUGCCAACAUCCGCUACUGUUGCUCCAGCCGCGAUCCCGCGUCAUCCCCGAUCCCGACAAGAGAAGGGUGGUCAUUAAGAGCGGGAGCGGAAGCAGGACGACCAGGAGCAGGAGCAGGAAGAGGAGGAGGGGGAGGAGGAAGAGGCGGAGGGGGAGGAGGAGGAGCAGGAACAGGAAGAGGAGGAGGGGGAGGAGGAGGAGGAGCAGGAGCAGGAAGAGGAGGAGGGGGAGGAGGAGGAGGAGGAGGAGGAGGGAAUGCGAGCGCCGAAGAGACGGCGGGGAGUGAGAGCGGGUUUGCGGUCUCGACUCGCGUGCAACUUGGAGGGGGCUCGAUAGAUAGCUUGUGUCCCGAUCGCAGUCCGGGUCCCAGGAGUAGUCCCGUUCCAGGACAGCGUCCAGGUCGGGAUCCCGACUGUCGCGUAGGGAGAGAGCAGGAGCAGCUCGGUGCCAUGUUCCACGAGCUAGGACUGGCUAUGGUGCAAGUGGGCUUGCUUCUCGCGAGACUGUGUGAUAUGGCGAUGGGAAUGGGAAUGGGAAUGGAACAAGGAAGAGGAAUGGGACCAGGAACGGGAAAGGGAAUGGGAAUGGGACCAGGAACAGAAAUGAGACCUGGGGAUCUGGCGAUGGGAGAGGGGACAGGAAUGGAAAUGGGACGAGGACCAGGACCAGGACCAGGAACGGGGUUAGGACCAGAAACGGGAACUGGAAAAGGAACAGGAUCGGAACCAGGAGAGGGGUUAGGACCAGAAACAGGAACAGGAGAAGGGACGGAAUCUGCAACGCAAAUGAGACCUGGCAACCUGGCGAUCGGAAUGGGAACAGGAAUGGAAAUGGGACCCGAACCAGGACCAGGACCAGGAACAGGAACGGAGUUAGGACCAGAAACAGGAACUGGAAAAGGAACAGGAUCGGGACCAGGAGAGGGGUCAGGACCAGAAACAGGAACAGGAUCAGCAGCAGGAUCGGGAACGGGAAAGGGACGAGGAAUUGAAAUGAGGCUGGGAACAGGAAUGGAAAUGGGACCCGAACCAGGACCAGGACCAGGACCAGGAACAGGAACAGGAACAGGAACAGGAACAGGACCAGGAACAGGAACAGGAACGGGGUUAGGACCAGAAACAGGAACAGGAAAAGGAACAGAAACAGGAUCAGCAGCGGGAUCGGGAACGGCAAUGGGACGAGCAACGGAAAUGAGGCCAUGCAAUUUGGAGAUGGGAAUGGGAACAGGAAUGCAAAUGGGGCCCGAACCUGGACCAGGACCAGGACCAGGAACAGGAAUGGGAACAGGAAAGGGAGCAGAAAUUGGAAUUGGAACAGGGGUGGGGAGCGGAACAGGACCAGGUACGGAAAUGAGACCUAGCGGGACGGAACGUGUGGUCGGGAUUCUGGAGGAAGCUCUGGCUAUGGCGGGUGUUGCCAAAGGCAGACUUAUCCACUACCAUGCUCUCUCGGAGAGGAGAAGGAUGAAGAGGAGGGAGAAGACGCAGAAGGGGAGAAGCAGCAGAGAAAGGGGAAGGAGAGGAAAAGGUGCCAGAGACAGCCAUAGCCAUGGCAGAGCCAAGCUGCUGCAGCGGGAGGGGCAACAACAUCAGCAACGUGUUGCACUAGUAGAAGCAGCAAAAGAAGAAGCAGAAGGAGAAGAAGAAGAAGUGGGGGAGAGAGAGGGAGGCGAACAAGAACUGUGGCAGAAAUGGCAUUACGAUUACGGUCUUCUCACGGCGUUGACUUCACCGUUAUACCUCCUUGACAAGCUCGCCGCCUUGCCAAUUGCUCCCCAUUCCCCUCUCUCUUCCUCUCUUCCUCCUCCUCCUCCUCCUCCUCCAUCUCCUGCGUCCUCGUUGCUGCCCCAUCCUUCUCCUUCUUCUUUCUCCUCUACCAUCUCCUCCUCCUCCUCCUCCUCUUGUUCUUCUUGUUCUUCUUGUUCUUCUUCUUCUUCUUCUUCUUCUUCUUCUUCCUCCUCCUCCUCCUCCUCCUCUUCUUCUUCGUUCCUAUAUUGCAAUUCUCUGUCAGUUUCGACGUCAUCAUUACAGAAGCAGUGGAGUGCGAGCCUUGAUUUCUCUCCCAAGGAGGAGGAGGAGGGGGGGGAGGAGGAGGAGGUAUUAGCGCCGGAUGAGCAUACCGGCCUGCAGGUGUGGGACCCCAACAGUGGACAAGUGAUGACUGUGCAGAUCCCGACAGACUGUGUGGCUUUCCAGGUUGGCGAGGCCGCACAGAUUCUCUCUGGCGGCCGGCUGCGAGCGGUGGCCCACUGCGUUCGCAGGCCAAUCAGAGGUGACACGUGUCCGUCACUCAGGCCUUCCCCUUCUGCUGCUGUUGCUGGUUUGCUCCCCCGAGGACAAGGAACAGGAGUCCGAGGGACUAAUGAUAAUACUUCUGGCUCUAGUGACACGUGUCUGUCGCACAUUGCUUCUCCUUCUGCUCCUUCUGCUCCUCCUCCUGCUGCUGCGAGCGCGGCAGUUGUUGCUGCCGCUGAUGGGUCGGGACCGGGUCAUCAAUUCCUGACGACGUGCCCGCCAUGCCACGUCGGACUGCCAUCCCGACCCGGCCACGUCGGACGUACCUUUGUCUCGGGAAGCGCAAACAGGGGGGAGGAAAAUGAGAGCAAGACGGUGGAGAAGGAGGAGGAGGAGGAGGAGGAGGAGAAUGUGCGGGGGCAAGUGAUAUCGGCUGAGGUGGCGGAUGCUGUGACACGUCAGCAAAUUUGUCAUCCUAGAGCAGCGGUUGUAGCUGGGUUGGGAUCGGAGCUGGCUUCGAUGUCGAGCUCAGGGUCGAGGUCGGGAUCGGAAUGGAGUGCAGGAAGACGCCGGAUGGGAUCGGGAUCGGGAUCGGGACACGGGAGCGGGUCCGUUUCAAGUGAUGCAGUGAGUCGGGAGAUGUUUGUCGUUUUCCUCCAGCCUGCAUGGCAAAUGCCCCUUAGACCGCCGGGCGAUAGGACCAGGGAGGACGUGUUAUGCCCAUGGAGGAGGAGGAGGAGGGAGCGGAAGAGGGAGGUUGACAGGUGCUGGAGCAUCGCCGCUCAUCGCGCUGAUGAUGACACGUUGACGUCACGCGUCCCGUCUGAGGGAGAGGAUCCCAAGAGAGAGAAGGUAGAAGGGCCAUCUGGUGGCAUAAUGGAGAGAAGCAGCAGUGAGUAUAAGCGUGGGCCAUCGAUCCAGAAAACGCUAAUCACGUUGCCGCAUGUUUCUCAACAAGAUUCUCCUCCUCCUCCUCCUCCUCCUCCCCCUUGUCCCCCUCCUCAUCCUUCUCCUCCUCCUCCUCCUCCCCCUUGUCCCCCUCCUCAUCCUUCUCCUCCUCCUCCUCCUGCUGCUGCUGUUGCUGCUGAUUGGAAGAUCAGUGGGCUGGAAAGGCUUCGAGGACCAGCAGGCGAGGGGGGGGGAGGAGGAGGAGGAGGAAGAGAAGGGGAGGAGGGAGGAGGGGAAGGGGAAGGAGGAGGGGGCGGGGGACUCGAGGAGAGCAUGGAGGAAAUAAUACGGACGAAGUUGACCAUUCCUCCUUUGACCGAGAGAUGGAAAGAAGGGAUGACUUUUGCAGAGUUCUCGAAAGUGACGACGCAUCUGUACUACAGCUCAAAAGGCUUGCAAUCCUCGUCCGUACGGGAUCACCACCACCACAAAGUGGGCCGGUCUAAAUAGGCUGCGGGAGCGUCAUUGUGGGCUAUUUACCGUACCGUACGUAUUACUACCUAACUAAGAAAGCCUUGCAAUCCUCGUCCAUACGGGACCACCACGACAGCGUGGGCCGGCCAGAAUAGGGUAUUGGUAGCGUCAUGUGGGCUAUCUAUACUAAGGGUCAGAUCCCACUACCCUGGAUUAUUUAUUCAUUUUUCACCCUGGAUAACGAAGAUCAACGGUCAGAAAUGAACAAUAGCGGCUAGU